AAACACGUCUGUUAGGAUGGCAAGAUUGUUCAGGAUCUGGAUGUUUAGGGUCCUCUUCUUGGGACUGAUAGACCCAUCUCAGGCCUCCCUGCGUCCUCGCGUGUCAUACUCUCAGGGAAGUCCCGAGCGUCUCUUGGACGUCUACAACAGCCCUACUGUGAAGAACACCACCACUCUGCUGCUCAGCACUGAUGCUGACACACUGUUUGUUGGUGCUCAGGAUGCUUUGCUCUCCCUAGACGUCAGCCAACCAGAUAGUAUUACAUUCAAAGACAAGUUGGAAUGGAAAGCAUCUAAAAACAACCUGCAUAACUGUAAACAGGCCUCAAAAAAGGAUUGUUGCAACUUCAUCAGGAUUUUACAGUUUUUCAACUCUACACACCUUUUUGUCUGUGGAACAAAUGCAUAUGGACCACAAGGCAUCAUCAUUCCUGCAGAUUCUCUGAACGCCAGCAGAGACGUAAAGGACGGCAAAAACUGCUGUCCCUACAGCUCCACCCAGAGGAACACAGCCACCAUUGUUGAUGAAGAGCUCUAUACAGCAACCAAAGUUGGCUUCUUUGGGAACAAACAAGUCAUUUCUCGCUGUCACAGCAGAGGAACGCGCAACAACUUGGAGCUUGAGAAUGUACCAAAAUUGCUAAUCGACCCCGUAUUCAUCAGUUCGACACAAGUUGCCAGUGAAGGAAAGAUCCUGCUGUUCUUUACUGAGGUUGGGGACUUGACCGGAGACUCACUUGUGAACUCUUUUACUGUGUCUCGUGUGGCCCAGGUCUGCACGGAUGACAACGGAGGAAGCCGUGUCUUACAGAAGCGCUGGACAUCCUUUGCUAAGGCUCAGCUGGUCUGCCAACAAGGGGAAGAGCUCCAGUUCAACAAGCUGCAGGAUAUUGUCAAGUUGUCCCCAGCGGAUAAUGAGUCUCCUGACAGCACCCUGUUCUACGGGGUCUUUACUUCACAAUGGUCAGUUUCGUCUGGUCUGUCAGCAGUGUGUGCUUUUAGAUUAGCAGAUAUUAAAGCAUCUUUUUCAGGGGAUUACAAGACAUUCGAUUUGAAAGGAAAUCACUGGUCGCGCCAUCCAAAUUCAGACGGCAAACUCGGCACGUGUGGACUGUUUAACGACACUGACCGUGUGUUAAGCAUUGUAAAAACGAGCUUCCUGGCUGAAAAAGCUGUGCGUUCUGUGGGGAAGAAACUGCUUCUGUCCUCCACAGAAGAGCGUUAUAGCCGACUAGCUGUUCAGAGAACUCAAGCUGCAAAUGGACAAAGUUACACCAUCCUGUACCUGCUCACCGAGUCUGGCUUUCUUCAUAAAGUCGUCCUGCUGGCCAAAGGUCCUCAUAUCAUCGAGGAGAUUCAGACUUUCAAGCAACCACAGACUGUGAAGAACAUCCUCCUCUCCAAAAGCAAGGGUGUACUGUUCAUCAGCUCUUCCGAGGGCGUCUUCAGAGUGCCUGUGUCCAACUGCUCAGCUUAUCCAAACUGUGCAGAAUGUGUGUUAGCACGCGACCCGUUCUGUGGCUGGGACUCAGAGAACAGAGUGUGUGCUACGGUGACUGGAAUGGGCUCUAACCUACAGCAGGAUGUGGAAAACGGAAAUGUCAACAAACAGUGCAAAGAGUUUAAAAACACUGCUACAGUGACACGGAUUGCACAGUUUAAUGAGAUCGUGGUUCUACCGUGUCAGUCGAGAUCCAGACUGGCCGAGGUGACUUGGAGGUUUUUAAACAACAGCGCCGUUCCCCAGUUUCCGUACCUGCAGCGGGCCGACGGAAGCCUGGUCUUCCGCAUCACUCCAGAGACUGUGAACACCUACCACUGCAUGUCGAAGGAAAUGGGCUUCGAGCGAAUCAUUGCCGCCUUCGCUGUAAAUCUGCCGAUCAUCCCUCGUUCUCUUCCUCCCCCAUCACACCAGCAACCUGACGUCACGCUGGACUCCAGCAAGGGCACAGAAAUUGAGCCCAUCCCUGAUUACUACACAACACUUGAGUUUGACAAAUCUGAUUCUGAACCUACAACAAACGAAAAGACGAAUGCAUUUAUGACACCAGACAGGAGCGGUGAAAAACAAGCCAGGACUAACCGUGAAUCCACUGUUAACAUGAACACCGAUGGAAAAGACGCUGUUUGCAUCUCACAGAAGAGUUACUACUCUGAAAUGGUUGCUUUUUGCAUUUUGUUUGUCAUUUCUCUCUUUGUAUUCGUUGCUUUUGUGAUCCUGUGGAGACAAAGCAUGAGGUGCAACAAAACCACCCCUCAGAAACAACCUAAAGACACCGAGUCAGACAAUAUCUGGCAAACAGAACUGGAAGAAAAGAAAAGCUGAGCCUUAAAACCAGCAGAAUCUGUACUCUAAGAUUAUGAAAAACUCAGGAGUGAUUCUUGACCCAUAAUUAGUUUGGAAAAUAACAACAUUUCUAUUUUGAAAUUUAUCAGAUUUGAUCGCUAGAAUGUCAACAAUACAUUUCACGAUAUUUAUAGUCAUUUGAUUUUAUUUAUAUUUAAUGAUUUUAGAUACUCAUACUUAUUUUACUUAGUUUCAGUACACAAAAACUUCAUAAAAACGUUGUAAAAUUGAUGUGAUCUAGAAUCUUUAUAUAGCGCAUGGCAUGCUAUGGUAAAUACCUUAAGUCCAUCACAGCCUCAUCUUCAUCCAUGUAAAAUUCAAUAUGGCUAUAUCUAUAUUCAAUAUAGAUACUAUACUUUGUAUCGUAUCUACUUUGACUAAGGUCUAUUGUAACUAAUAACACAAGAAAAGGCGAAUCAGCUUUUGCAUUUAAUGUGUGAUAUUCAAAAUAUGUAAUAUUUUUCUAGUUUGAAACCAUCCUACAUUUUCAAUUUAUUUUUUAUUGAAGUUGAAUGCUAUAAAUUUGUCAAUACAAUACCAUCCACAAAAAGAAAAA